AUGGGAAUUUCAAGUUUUACCAAGCAUUUCGCAGUAAUCGCUGGAUUGAUAGAAUUUUUAUUCUGCACCGGUUACUUCUUUGGAUGGGCCAACCUCGAGAAAAUCUUCAUUCAAGAAGGCUUCUUUGAAUGUUUACCGAAUUCGGACGAGUCCUGCAACCAGAAAUAUGAAUUGCUCAAAAUCUUCAAGAACUGUUCCUUAUUCUUUGCGGUCCCAGCUCUUCUUGCUGGCUUGAUCUUCGACAAAUUUGGCACCGCAGUUUCCAGGUUGAUAGGAACAUCUCUCUUCGGACUUGGUCUUGUUCUAAUUGCAUUCUCGACUCCAGAAGAACCUUGGGGACUCCAAACAGGUGUACCGACCACUGCCAUCGGCGCUUCUUUCCUCCUUACUAGCAACUUCCAACUGCCAAAUAUCUACGAAACUGGGAGGACAGCCGCGCUCAAUCUCUUCAAUGGAGCUUUGGACUCAUCUGCACUCACUGCUCUUCUGCUAUUAUCGCUGUACAAAAUGAUCGGCAUGAAACUGACGUUCUUACUGUAUGGAAUCAUGUGCGUCUACCAGCUUAUCCGAACAAUCUUCCAACUUCCUUUUGAUAAUGUUCCCUUCCCUGUUCCUGCGAAUUGGGAAUGGAUCACUCCAUUUGCCAAGCUGAGGAUGCCAAAAAAGGAUGUCUACCACGAUUUGGAGAGUGAGAAAAUGGUACAAACAGACUCAAGUGGAUCCGAGAUUUCGUCCGAUGAAAAAGAGGACCACCACGAAGAAGUAACCUUCAAAGCUUGUGCUACAAGAAGAAUCUAUAUUUCGGCGAAUCUCUUCUUUGUUGUCAAUUGCUUCCGUGUGUACUGGUACCUUGCCAGCGUAGGAGGCUCGAUCAACGAGACAAUUCGUCGAAGUGACGAGAACAUGACUUCAGAAGAAGUAAUGGACUUGACCGAUCAGAUGACAACCGUGUUCGGCGUCAUUCAAAGUCUAGCCAUUUUUCUGGCCCCAAUCAACGGGAUCAUCAUCGAUCAAGUGCUCUCCAAAACCUCAAACAAGUACCUCGCUGUCUUGAUUUCCGUCACUUGUUGUAAUGUGCUUGGAGUCGCCUUUUCAUUCAUGGAAGUGGCAGAGAGCAUCGAGUUACAAUACUUAACAAUGGUUCUCAGUGCUUUGCACCGUGCAUUCACUUUUGCUUGCCACACGGCUUUGAUUGGAAUUCUCUUCCCUCAUCAUCACUUCGGCAAACUCUUUGGUGUUUCCCAGGCGUUUUCCGCCAUCGCCUCAUUUAUGGUCGACUACGCUUUCCGCCUAGAACAUGUAGUUGGCUUUUACCAAGUCAACGUCUGGACAGCUUUUACACAAGUAGCGAUGAUGUACCACCCGAUCGUUUGCUACCUAGAAUACAGGCAACGCCUCCAGAAAGAUUGA